CCCGCGCCGCGCGCUCUUCACUUCUUGGGGGCUUUUUAAAACAGCGCCACUGGGGUCUUCUCCAUGCGGCUCGGGCUAUGACAGCCUCCGUGCUCCUCCACCCCCGCUGGAUCGAGCCCACCGUCAUGUUUCUCUACGACAACGGCGGUGGCUUGGUGGCCGACGAACUCAACAAGAACAUGGAAGGGGCGGCGGCGGCGGCGGCGGCGGCGGCAGCGGCGGCGGCGGCCGGGGCCGGGGGCGGGGGCUUCCCCCACCCGGCCGCCGCGGCCGCGGGGGGCAACUUCUCGGUGGCGGCGGCGGCCGCAGCGGCCGCCGCGGCCGCAGCCAACCAGUGCCGCAACCUGAUGGCGCAUCCGGCGCCCCUGGCGCCCGGCGCCGCCGCUGCCUACAACAGCGCGCCCGGGGAGGCGCCCCCGUCGGCCGCCGCUGCCGCCGCCGCCGCCGCCGCCGCCGCCGCCGCGGCCGCGGCUGCGUCGUCCUCUGGAGGGCCCGGCCCGGCGGGCCCGGCGGGCGCCGAGGCCGCCAAGCAGUGCAGUCCCUGCUCGGCGGCGGCGCAGAGCUCGUCGGGGCCCGCGGCGCUGCCCUACGGCUAUUUCGGCAGCGGCUACUACCCGUGUGCCCGCAUGGGCCCGCACCCCAACGCCAUCAAGUCGUGCGCGCAGCCAGCCUCGGCCGCCGCGGCUGCCGCCGCCUUCGCGGACAAGUACAUGGAUACGGCCGGCCCGGCGGCCGAGGAGUUCAGCUCCCGCGCCAAGGAGUUCGCCUUCUACCACCAGGGCUACGCGCCCGGGCCUUACCACCACCAUCAGCCCGUGCCUGGCUACCUGGAUAUGCCGGUGGUGCCCGGCCUCGGGGGCCCCGGCGAGUCGCGCCACGAGCCCCUGGGUCUCCCCAUGGAAAGCUACCAGCCCUGGGCGCUGCCCAACGGCUGGAACGGCCAAAUGUACUGCCCCAAAGAGCAGGCGCAGCCUCCCCACCUCUGGAAGUCCACUCUGCCCGACGUGGUUUCUCAUCCCUCAGACGCCAGCUCCUACAGGCGAGGGAGAAAGAAGCGGGUCCCUUACACCAAGGUGCAAUUAAAAGAACUCGAACGGGAAUAUGCUACAAACAAAUUCAUUACCAAGGACAAACGGAGGAGGAUAUCAGCCACGACAAAUCUCUCCGAGCGGCAGGUUACAAUCUGGUUCCAGAACAGGAGGGUCAAAGAGAAAAAAGUCAUCAACAAACUGAAGACCACUAGUUAAUGGAUUAAAAGUGGAGCGAGAGAGCAACUUGAAGAAAUGCUUCAGAACUCGUUGCUUUGCCCAGAUAGAAUGAACAUAAUGCUUAAUAAUAAUAACUGAAGAAUGGGAAAGAGAAAGAGAAAGACACUGGCAUUUUGCUUUCCUAAGGGAGAUCUCUUUCUCCUUGGUGGAAUCUACAACUCUUUUAAAACUUUAAGAAAAGGUAAAGACUUCCAGUUCUCCCGCCAACCCCACAGACCGUUAAAUGACAAACUCUAGAGUUGAACGUCAACCCCCAAAUAUGCAAUUUCAGAUAAGUUACGCAUUUACUGAAAUCUUGUAAGUAUUUAUGUGACCAUACUAUUUCAGGAUACUGUGUUAUAUGGUAAUAAUCCAACACUUGGUUACAAAAGUAAGAGGCUGUUGUAAACAUCUGCUUGUCUUUGGGUCGCCAUUGACAUCUCCUUUGCAUGUUAAGUGACUGCUCAGGUAAAUCUCAGUGAAAUGCCUACCAUUGUUGUAUAUUCUGCAAAACAUGUAUAGAUUGAGAAGGGGAGAGAGGAGAAGGUACUGAAAUAAUGAUCUUGGGCUAUUUACAAUGAAGGAAGAAAGGGAGAGAGAGCUUUUCUGAGGAUCAUUUGUCUUGGUAGUAAAUACAACCAGCUGAGCCUUUGAGGCUACAAGGGAACCCCAGGUUGGGAACGUCUUUCUGACAAUAAUUUUAAAUUGCUCAUAACAAGCAUAUUUUGUGGCAUUUGGAUUAUAUGCUCUGCCUGAUACCAUUUACUUUCCAAAGGAUUUGAUAACUUUUCAAAAAAAAUAUUUCAAGCAUCAGAUGUUUCAUAGAAUUCACUUUAUCAGCUAUCCUGAGAGGUCCAUCGGGACAUGGUGGACUUUGGAUUGAACAGAGUUCAUGUUUCAUUUAAACUGGUAUUUCCCCCAGAAUUUACUAAACAUUUGCUGGAGAAUAAUUUUGCUUUUUUAUUUUUUUAGAAAACUCAGAACGGAAAUCCAUUCCCCUGAAACAUUUAGAUGUUUACAAUUCUAUACUUUGAUCUAUUAAGGGAUUCGUAUUUUUUCCUUGUUUAUUGUGUUAUAAGACUGCAUUAGGAAGUUUAAGGAUUCAUCUUUACAGCACAUUUUUAAUCAAGCAGUUAUUUCGACCAGCACAUUCAUUUUGUUCACAUUCACUAUAAAAUGCUAUCUUGUAAAUAAAGACAUUCAGCACACUGUGAAAAUGUAUUUGUGCACCUGCUUUUCAAACAUUUCUACUAAAAAUAAGAAUUAAAAAACCUUAGACCUGUAGAUAAUGAUAUAGUGGUAUUAAUUAUGGUAAUAAAAUAGUCACUGCCAUUAAAAUCUAAAGGAAAUACUCGUUAUUUUCCUAUACUAAAUGUGCACUUCACAGAAAGAAAAAAUGGAGCGGGUUUGUCCUAUACAAACCAAGGACCAUUCUUUUCUAUUAUUAAUUCAGUCUUUUUUUUUUCCACUACAAAUUUUUUAAGCAAAAGCAGAACUCCCUGAUAACUAAAAUCCUGAAAAUUUAGAUAAGUGCUUCAAGAAAGUUAAAGCAUUAGACAUUCUGAGAAGGAGAGAAAAGGAAGGAGGAAGAGAUAGUAUAAAUUCCCAGGCUCACUGUGGAAAAUGAAAACCAGUUGUUUAGUAUCAGUGAUGCCCAGGCUAUAUCGUAUUUUCAAAUAUACUGUUGGGUCUGCAUGUGUCUGAAAGGGCAGGUUUUGAUAUUUGUUGAAAUGACAGGACUAGGAAAGGCCUUAAACCUUGACCUUGACGAAAAAAGACAAUUUGUGACCUUGACUUUUGACAGCUCAUGAAUUGGCCUCGGCUGGAUUAGUAGAUCAAGGGCGCCACCUCGCGUUGACAAGCUUCCUUGUAAUUCUUCAGCUUCAAGGGAAUCAAAAGGUCUUACCUCCUUGACUCCUUGUUUUAGAGAUUUAGUACUCAUUUCUUUGGCUCCAGAUGGAACAAAUUUGAAUAUAUGUAAGUUAUACAUGUGCCUGUAUAUAUGUGAAUAUAUAUUAUUUGUGUGUAGACAUGUAUACAUUUGCAUAUCAGUGCUUGUGUGUGCUUAUAUAUAUAUAUAUAUAUAUAUUUGUAGAGUCUGUACAGAUCCAAUAUCACUAAUUACUGAUGACCCAAGAUGUUGUAACUUAAGGUGAUUUCUAGAGUUGAGGUACAAAAUGUACUUUACAUGAUGAAGUUUUGCUCCUUUUCUUUAAUGGCCAAGUUUGAUUUGUCUUCCCAGUGCCCGCUCUGCCUCAGAUUUCUGCAGAUCUGCUUCAAAGCUGUACGUUUUUGUUACAGUCUAAAAGGUGUUCUUAAAUAACCAUUCUUUCCUGGCCCUCACCCUCCAAGGUGGUCUACCAACCUAAUUAGAGCUAUAGGGGAGUCUAUAUGGCAAAUAAAAAGUUUCAGAUGCCUCGCUAACUCUAGAGUUCUAGAGUUACAUUUCAGAAACUCAAAGAAACCUCUUAGGAGGUCAGUAUGGAGAGCUGAAAGAUCUCAUAUCUACAAAAUGACCAUAUUAUGGAUGCAGAAGGAGAGUUAUCCUGGAUCUCUCAGAGCCGAUUACUGCUCGUGGGUGGUGUGCAAUCUUAUACUGCUGUUUGCAGAAACUGCCAUUUGAUUUGUGGAAGAAAUAGACACAAUUAAUAUUAACGAUCACCAUCAAAACAAUAACAAUAAUACCAAGUAUAUCUACUACUUGUUGACCCCCCCAACAACACAUCAGGUACUGUGUUUAGAGUCAUAAAUAACACGUAUGUAUGUUUUCUAUUUAAUAUGCACACAAGAUAAUGUGUUUUUGUCAAAUCUGUGCUAUGCAUAUAUAUAUAUAUUAUAUAUAUAAUAUAUAUAUGUAUAUGUAUAUAUUGAAAUGUUGGUGGAACCAGGAGCCUUAGGAUGCAGAAUUUUGAGAUGAGGUUAAUUUUAUCUUUAUGUUAGAGGAAAGUCAUUGUGAAUUAAAAAACCAUAUUCAUCGAUUUAUGGAAAACAACAUUGGUUGCUGAGAAACCUGGCUGACGGAAACCUCUCCAACCUGGACUUAGAGCUUCUUUACAGACAGAGAAUUCUAGAAUCUUUAAAGCUGUCUCAGAAACAGCAUGGUCUUGAAGCAUACGUGUGGGCUGGUCUUGAGACGUGCAAUCCAGUUCUGCUGCCCUGAACAUGGAUUUUAACUCCACUGGUGGAAACAAAUGAAAAUGAUGGUCCAGUUCAAGCGCCCCACAUCGUGUUCCACAGCUCUCCCUUUCUAAACAAGCUGCCCUCAAGCCAAAGGAACAACUUUCUUCCCAAAAUGUUUAAAGUGGUGGAAAAUCCCCUCGAAGCUGGAUCAUACUGUGUGUUUACGAACAGCUCCAAAGGGGACUCUUCUGUUGACGGGGGAUAUUUUUCUUUAGAUGUAAGAAAUAUUCUGAGCCUCAGGCCUAGGAAGGAGGCCAACAGCCGCUCUGAAGCCCGAAUACGCCCCUUUCACAACCCAUCGCAGGAACUCUGGGUAAAGUAGUAGUUUUCUUUCCCCCCACCCCCUUCAAUUUUUGAAACUAAUGACGGAAGCUAUUUCAGGGUUUUUUUCCCCCGUUCUAAAUGGUUGGUGAUAGUCGACCCUACCUAUCUCCCCUCUUAUUUAAAAUUCUUAUGGAUCUACCAGAUAACCUAAAGCAAGCAUGGAUUAUGAUCCCUAAUACCCAAAUAGCAAUUAGUCUAAACCUUUAGAAAAAAGACAUCCAGAAGGACUCCAGCCACCAUAUAGCAAUAAUAACACCAGACACCAGGAUAGUACAGCUGGAUGGAUAGCUGAUUCAAAUGUGUUUUCUUUUUUCCUAAAAGGGAAGCCUCUUCUGAACAAGAAAUUGUAAAUAUGAAAACAGCUAGACACUGUUUUCAUCUAUUAGCAAAGAUUUUGAAUCCUGUAAUGGCCUGCCCUUUAAAAAACUGUAAAUAUGGGCCUUUAAAAAAAAAAAAAACAACCACUUUUUCCAUAUGCUCUUAAUACUGUCAAAUUUAUUAAGGUAUUUUAAGUGGAUGAUUGUAAAAUGUCACUUUGCAUUUAACUACUAUUUAUGCCUGAUGCAGAACUGAAGCCAUCCGUUUAAAUUGUUAAGAGACACAGAGAGAGAGAGAAGCAAUAAUUUUUAAAGAAAGGGGAAAAGAAAACUAUUCUUCUUUAAAACUCAACCUAAUGAAAGUGCUUUCUGAAAAAUUCACGAGUCCGUGAAAUUCAGCGGAGGGUCAUACGUAUGCGUGCGGGUAAUGACACAGGUUUCACCGCCUAAUGUCCGUGCAGAUCACACCCUGCUGCGUGUGUUUGGAGGGUCUGGUGAAGAUGCGGCUUCUCGCUUCCUCUCCAAGGAUUCCGGAGUUUUCGGAGGGGAGACGGGGGCUGUCCAGCACUGCUAAGCCCCCCGACCGGGUGGGUUCAGAGGCGCCCUUCCGGAUUUGCGGACCUCUACGGAGGAGACGCUAGGGGCUUCCUGAUUUAUGCGCGUUCCUUUAAAGUUGAUCGAAUGCGUGUCAGCAGCCCAAGACCUGGUGAAUCAGAGAAACGUGCAGCGAGUAGCUCACAUCCCAGUUUUCAUAAACAACGAUGUGGCGUUAUCCGAGCGGCCCGGGGAGAUUUAUGCCUAGGUUUUAGGAACCGCACACAACAAUUAAGUUUUCAUCGGCUAGGCCGCCGGGUAAAUAGCAGCCGGCCUCAUUCUUUAUGAAAACACCCACUUUCUGAUCGGCUGCUUCCAUCCUCCAACCUCUACCUAGCACCGCCGAAUGCCUGAGAGGUGUCUGCUAUUUUUAAUUUGAUUUCAAAAGGAAGGGGGAAAAAAAAGAAAGGAAGGAAGGAAGGAAGAAAGGAAGACGCCGGCACGGAAAAAUCCCUCCAUGAAAGCAGCUACGGCCUUGUCACAGUUGAUUUCAUUUCUGCCCGGCUCCGUCGCGCAGCUGAAGAGCCGGGACCCCGGCAGAAAGCAUGAGCACGGCCCCUUAGAGACGCUGGAACGUUGGCGGGCGGCGGCGCGGCGGCGCGGGGCUCGGCCCAGGUGCGGGCGUGUGGACGAGCCGCAGAAGCUCCAGCCACGGACUCAGAGAGCCGCCUGAUGUCGCGCCCCCGGGGCAGAGGCGACGCUCCAAAUCCUCCCUGCUUCCGAGCGAACCCUCUGCUCAAAAUGGAGGCUCCGACCCUGCCAGAGCCGGCCUUGCCUGCAAGGCUUGUGUGUCGCAGGAGGCACGCAGCAGCACGCUUGGCCGAGGUCAGGGCGCUGGACCCCCGAGGCCCGCGCCUGGCGGGCUCCUCCGAGGGCCGGGCACCCGCGCCGGGGAGUCGCCCCGCAGCUGCAGGCUGACGUCACGGUCGCCCGAGAGCGGGGCCUUGGCGGGCCUCUCCAGGCGUGAUUUGAUGAGGACAAGCCGAUUGAAACGAAUGUUUUGUGCGGGUGUCCGCUUCUCCGCCCCGCCCCGCCCUCCCCAAGAGAAUAAUCGGGUAUUUAAUCUCUCCCGGUCUUAAUUCUUGGCAGCGUGGAAGGUGGUUUGCACGGGAAAUAAAACUUGACAGGAGCA